GAGCCGGGGACAGAGCCGGGCUGCAGGCACCUCCACCACGGGCCGUGGGAAAUGGAGCUGGGAUGGGUCCUGCCAGGGCCAGCCCUGACCCCACAUCCUUCCUGACGAAUGUGGGAGGAGCAGCGAGGCUGAAAAUAAAACCGAAAAGCAGUACAGAGUCCAGGAAACCCCCGAAUGUGUUUGUCCGCUUCAUUAAGCCGGGGUUAAUUUCCAAAUUCCAGUGGAAGUGUUGCGGUCUGGGACCGGGGGGAGGUGUUGCGGGAGAUCCUGGAAAAGCUCUGGAGUCGGAGGAGCUGCAGGACAUCUCCAAAAGUGCGAGUCGUGCCGCGAUGUGCAUCUCCACGAGGAAGCCACCAUCCCCACCAACCCGGCACCCUCACAGGGUUGCCACUCUCCCCGCUGGGCUGGCAUCCUCGUAGGGAUACAGCCAUCCCUGCCAACCCAGGCUCCUCACCGGGGUGCCGCUGUGCCCACCGAUCCAGCAUCCUCGCGGGGACGCAGCCACCAUCUCCACCAAGCCGGCAUCUCCCCAGAGAUGCCACCACCCUGGUGAGUCAGGCCGGGCUUCCUCUCCCCAGCUGGUGGCCGGCAGCGUGGUGAUGGCAUUCGAGGAGGUCUGCCCCGAGCGCAUCGACCUCAUCCACAAGAACUACCGCAAGCUCUGCAACCUGCUCAUCGAUGUGGAGGAGUGGGGGCAGGUGGUCAUCAUCAACAUGCUGACCCGCUACGCACGCACCCAGUUCCUCAGCCCCAACCAGAAUGAGUCCUUGCUGGAGGAGAGCGCCGAGAAGGCUUUCUACGGCUCUGAGGAGGAGGAUGCCAAGGACGCCAAGGCGGAGGCGGCCUCGUUGGCCAAGCGCAAGCCCUACGUCAUGGACCCCGACCACCGCCUGCUCCUGCGCAACACCAAGCCCCUGCUGCAGAGCCGCAACGCCGCGGUGAGGCCCCUGCCCCAGCCCUGUCCAGCCCCGGAGGCCACCAGUGGUGCCCGUCAGACGGGGCUCGUGAUGUCCCCGCUGGCCAAGGAGCCACCGGGGUGCUCGAGGGACUCCCAGGGCUUGGCGUCCCCAGGGAUGGGCUUCCUCUAGGUGCUGCUGAGCGGGACGUGAUGGGGGACACAGCCAUCUCCCAGGCAGUUCCCAUGCUCGCCGGGAGGUGACUGGGUGUCUCUCCGCAGGUGGGAACGGAUGUGGCGCAGCUCUACUUCCACCUGACAGCCCGGACUCCUAGGAGGGCCUGUGACCUUGCGGAGAGGAGCUCGUGCUGGCUGCAGCACUUGGUGAAGAACUGCAGCCCGUGGAAGGGACCCACGCUGGAGAAGUUGGUGGAGGACUGUCUCCCGUGGGUGGGGCCCCACGCUGGAGCAGGGCAAGAGCGUGAAGCAGGAAGGAGCGUGUCGUGGUUUGAGCUCAGAGGGCAACUGAGCACCACGCAGCCACUCACUCCUUCUUUCCAUCCAGCCCUGAGAAGGAGAAAGUGAGCUACGCUUGGGAUUUGAGACAGGACAUGGAGGGGAAACUCACCCCUUAUGGUCUUGGGCAAAAUGCAGACUCGUUAGGGGAAGAAAAAAGAGCAGAGAUUUAUUACAGAGGCAAACAACAACGCUUAACUGAGCAGGACAGUGAGAAGCAUUGCCAGAUGUUGAGAAGACCUUCCCCCCAGCCCUCCCUUCUUCCCGGGCUCAGCUCUGCUCCCGAUAUCUCUACCUCCUCCCCCAGGAGCGCAGGGGGCAAAGAAUGGGGGGUGCAGUAAGUGGUGCCGCUACUUCCAUCUUUGGUAGGGUGAGCUUCUGGAACUUCUUCCCCCUGCUGCAGCGUGGUCCCCCUCUCACAGGAGGCAAUCCUCCACAAACUUUCUCCGACGGGAUUCCCUCCCAGGGGCUGCAGCCCUUCCCGAGCUGCUCCCCGCAUGCUGCAAUCCUCCCAGAUCCAAACUCCAAUGGCAGGGGCCGCUUCUUCCGCCCAGGAUCCCGGCCCCGCUCGGGCACAGACAACUUAACUGGGCAUAUGAGGCCCCUCACGGGCCAUAAGUCACUCUCUGCUCCCUCACAGACGUCCAUGGGUGGCAGGGGGGGCCGCCCCGCCGUCGCACCACAGGGUACAGGGGGGUCUCUGCUCCUGCACACCUCCC